AUGCAUUUGGCACGAGGCAAUCGUCAAGGCCAUAUCCCUAAAAUUGUCCACGCUUACAAUUUCAGCGAUCCCUCGCCUGCAAGGAAUGCCGCCGCCUGUACACCGGCCGAGACUUCUCCCAUUCCUUCUACACCGUGUCCGCUUUCAAAAUCCGUGUCGAGCUACAAGUCUCCAGACUCGGCAUCAACCUUGCGCGAGUGGACGUUUUGCUCUAUCAUAUUUGAUUUAGAGCUAGGUUACGAAAUUGUCCACCUGAACGCAUCUGUGACUAAAAUCGACACGCGGGUUCAUUUUAAACUAACCCAAAGAACAACCAUCGAGCUGAUUAGGAUGCAUUUCAUCCAUUUUUUGUGGUGUCAAGCGUAUAAUGGAAAGCCUCAGGAGCUUGGGGACCUCAAUACACGAUUCGGGAUGGCAUUGGGUGAAUACGUCUACUCAACCGACUAUGAAACCCUUGAAAGUCUGGAAGACGGUGACGAUGUAUCGGUCGAUAUUUCCAGUUACUUGAAGGAGAGGAUUUUGGAAAUGUUUUACUCUGCAUAA